AAUGCUCGAUUCUUAACUAGUCUCUGCAAUAUAUUCGACAUGUUCAAGCUUUUGCUCUGCUGUCUCGUCGUGUUCUCUGGCGCCUAUGCCAUCAAUCAUGGUACUCAGGCUGCCGAUUUCGCUGCCUAUGUGGCAAAAUUUGGUAAAACCUAUGCCACCGUAGCGGAGAGAAAUGCUGCCCAGUACUACUACAACUAUCACAAGAACCAGAUAGCUCAGCAAAAUGCGCUGGCUGAUCGAGGGGCGAGCAGCUAUCGAGUGAAAGAGAAUCAGUUCUCUGAUAUUAGAUUGAUAACGUUUGCCGCACGCUUGCCACAGGCUGUUUAUCCCGCGACAUCAGGCAGUACAACGCCCCUCACACCAGUCGAUGUGGCGCCAGCUGAGUUUGACAUGCUGAGCCAAUGGGGCUUACAGGUGAAUGCCCAGGAUCAGGGCACCGUCUGCAGCAGCAGCUGGGCCUAUGCAGUGGCUCGCUCCAUUCAAAUACUGAAUGCCAUUCAGGUUGGACAGAAUAUGCCCCUGAGCAACUCCGCCCAGGCACUGAUCGAUUGCGCCGGCAUGGGCAACGGCUGCACCACACAGGUGCCCCAAGUCGCCUUCGACUAUCUGCGCCAGGCCGGAGUCUUCUUGGUAAACGAGGCGGACUAUCCUGCGAACAAGGAGCAAAACCAGCAGGGCAUGUGCCUGCCCCAGAUGGGGGCGAGUCCUAUCAAACUGGAUACCUACGGCACCAUUCCCGACGGCGACGAUGCUCUGCUCAUGCGCUACGUUGCCAGCGAAGUGCCCGUGAUUGUCGAAUACAAUCCGGCGACCUUUGGAUUCAUGCACUACAGCGGCGGCGUCUACGUGCCCCCGGUGCGGGCUCAGGCCAGCAGUUCCCAGUUCCUGGUGGUCGUUGGCUACGGACACGAUGCGGCCAGCAAUCUGGACUAUUGGCGAUGCCUCAACUCAUUUGGCAACACUUGGGGUGAAGAGGGCUUCAUCCGAAUCGUACGCAGCCCUGCCCAGCCCCUUGCCAAGCGAGCUAUUUUCCCCAAUAGCUUGGGUGCGAUUGCGACUACGCCUGCUACACCGACUACCUCAUCCACACCCACUCCCUCAUCUACACCCACUCCCUCAUCUACACCCACUUCCUCUCCUAGCUCAACAACAUCUGCUCCAUCUACCACAAUCACACCAUAA